AGAACCAUGAACGUGUCAUCGCCAGACAGAAGGAAGACCGCGCGUGACCUGGCUUUGGAGAUUAGUAUCCGAGUUCUGCUCUUCGGAGUUUUCGUAUUUACUGAAUUCCUGGAGCCCUUUGAAAGAGUCAUACAACCUGAGGAGCUUUGGCUCUACAAGAAUCCACUGGUUGAGUCUGAUCACAUUCCCAAAAGGGUCAUGUUCGCAAUCUCCUUCCUUACACCACUGGCGGUGAUAUUUGUGGUGAAGAUAAUUCAGAGGACAGACAAGACAGAAAUCAAAGAGGCAUGUUUAGCAGUGUCGCUGGCUCUCGCCCUGAAUGGAGUUUUCACAAACACUAUCAAGUUGAUUGUUGGCAGACCGAGGCCUGAUUACUUCCAGCGGUGUUUCCCAGACGGACAAGUGAACGCGAAGAUGCUGUGCACCGGAGAGCCACAUCUGGUCUCAGAGGGUCGCAAGAGUUUCCCCAGCAGUCAUUCCUCUUUUGCAUUCUCUGGGCUUGGAUUCACUUCCUUCUACCUGGCAGGGAAGCUGCAGUGCUUUACUGAUCAGGGUCGAGGUCGUAGCUGGCGCCUCUGUGCCAUGGUGCUGCCCCUCUACAGUGCGAUGAUGAUCGCUUUGUCCAGGACCUGUGACUACAAGCACCACUGGCAAGAUGCCUUUGUUGGAGGAGUGAUUGGGCUAUUGUUUGCAUACAUCAGCUACCGUCAGCACUACCCCCCCUUUCUGCACACGGACUGUCACCUUGCCUACGCCAGCCUAGCUGCCACCGCUCACACAUCCCCGCAUCCUCAGGAGGAUCAGCGGCCCACUGACAAUGCCACAACCCUCCCCCUGGAGGGCUUGACUGAAGCACCACUAUGACUAGUGGCCACCUCCGAGACUACCUUCAACACCCCCCCCAAGCCAAUGAGCCCACCCCCUUCCCACUGACUACAUGGCUCUUGUGUACAUUCCAGUGGACAGUAAGCCAAUCUCCUCCAUUCUCUUUUAUUCUGUCUCUGUGUUGACUACUUUAUCUUUUGUGUGUUUUAUACUGUUCUUGCUUAGCAUCUGUUAAAGUCUAGAUGUUGCUAUGAUAUAUGACAGGAUCGUAAGAAUAUGAAGCAUUAAUUUUGCAAGGUGGGAAGAAAUAAUCUCAUGGGAAAAGGUGAGGGAGUGGUCUGGGUGAAGCCGUAGAAAUUGAUUGUUUUCGUUGUCAUUUGAUACUGUUUAUUCGGGAAUGUAUCCUUCAAUAAGCAAUCUCGGGCAGCUUAGUUGUAAAUACUUGGUGUUUUGCAUCUCUUCACUUAUUUAAAAGGGGUAGUCAUGCCUUGAGUAUGUGUUUCUAUUUUUGGUGCUCAUGGUGCUAUAUGUAACACAUAUGUCGCAAAGCAAGUAGCAACCAUUGAACCAUCAUUUUCCCCAAGCGAGCUUGACGAUAAGCUCCCACCAGACGCUUUAGUGCACAGGUGUCAAACUCAGAUCCAAGUUUGCCACGACUGUUUCUUGACUUCUCUUCGAAACUACUGAUAUAGUCACAUGCAGGGGGCAAUUGUGUAAUAUA